CGCAGUAUUUGUACGUCAUUUGGUGGCGCGGCGUGGGUGUCCACUGGUGGUUGUUUGGAAAUGUAACUGUACUCCAGUUUAAUUUGCGUAUAUUAAAGUAACAGAAGGCGAUAAAAUGUGGAUACUGACACCCCUGUAUCCUGGAGGUAAAACCAAUUAUCUCCUCGCCAGUAAAGAAUACGUGGUGGGGCGCAAGAACUGUGACAUCGUCCUACCCAACGACCAGUCCAUCAGUAGGGCUCACGCUCACCUCACUGCUACUGACCAGACCCUGACUCUUAAGGACUUGUCCAAGUAUGGUACAUUUGUCAACAGCCAGCGUGUAACAGAGCACACACCUGUGAACCUGAAGUCAGGGGACUAUGUCACAUUUGGGGUUUUUCACAGCAAAUUCAGUGUGGACCAUCAGAAGCCGGUGGUGUGUUCUUCAUGUUUGAACAGUGAUGGUAAGGCAUCACUUUCACAGGCCCUGCUGGCAUUAGGUGGAAAGCUGGUCAGUACCUGGACUCAGGACUGCACCCACCUGGCUAUGCCUUCUGGUAAAGUCACUGUUAAGAUGAUUUCUGCUCUGCUGUGCUGUUGUCCCAUCAUGAAGCCAGAGUUCUUCUCAGAGCUCAACAAAGCUGUUCAGCAAAAAUUACCCCUUCCUAAAGCUGAGAGUUUCAUCCCUGACAUCGAUGAGCCCUGCUUGAGUAAAGAGGCUGUUAACCUGGGAGCGAUUCCAGCUCGUAAACAGCUUUUCACAGAAAAGACCUUCAUAUUCCUCAGUGCCAGACAGCUGAAGCGUCUGAGUGCAGCCGUGACCUUUGGAGGUGGCAGGAGCCAGCUGCUGAAGGAGGGCUCCCUGCCCCAGGAGCUGCUGGAGUCUCCACAGAGCUGUGUGGUUGAUGUUACAACAGGCAGCUCCCAACCUCUGCUGCCUCUGUCCAGCACAGAGUGGGUAAACUCUGUGAAGAACAUUGUUCAAAGGNNNGGUUUUAGAGUCAUCACAGAGUCUGAAAUUGGUUUGGCUGUCAUCUAUGCUUCCUGUGACAAGUACUGCAAUCCAUCCAAUCUAAUACCAGACUCGGAGUUUGUACCAAACUGGAAACCCAGAAUCCCAAGUGCUUCUCUGUCACCGAGCAUGGUGGUGGAUGAGACUGUAUUACCUGCACCAUCUCAGAACAUCACAGCUUAUGCACCCAACACAGAGCCAUCACAAGGGAAAGAGCCACAUGAGGUAACUGGGGUUACAACAGUGGCAGAAACUCCAGAGAAGAAGCAAAAACCCCACGCCCAUCAGCUCCGUGGAGUCAAUAUUCCAGCUCAGAAGACAGGCACUCAGUAUACUGUGGAUGAUACACUGAGCUCAUGGCACAAUAUUGUUGAGCAAACAGACUCACAGGGGAAGAAGCUUGAGUCCAAACUUCGAAGUGCUGGUGAAGGAUGCAUUGGCAUCAAGUCCGAGCCAUCAACUUCUAAGACCAAUGGGGGCAUGAAGUCGUUCCUACAGAAGCAGUCUUCUCAGAAUCAGAAAAUCUCUGCACAAGCUUCCCCACAGAAACAGUCAACUCUGACCAGUUUCUUUCAGCCAGUCAACAAGAAAAGGCCUUUGGAGGAUGAGUUCUUCACUGUGAUGUCAGAGCCAAAGCGGCCUGUACUGGAAUCCUACAUCAGCAAGCAGGCACUUAACACCUCGGUCACAUCUAAAGAAACAUACUCACUCACAGACAAAGUCCCUGCAGCAACAUCACAGACUACACUGGUAUCAGAAGACAACUUGUUCACAGGACUGUCCAGCACUGCCCAGGAAAAACCGCAAAGUAGAAAGAGGAAGGAGAUGGAAGCCGAGAUAGAGAUGGAGGAACUGGAGUCUAUUAUGUCUGAGGAUAUGGACUGUAUCGAUGAGCAGCUCUCAGGUAAUCGAGGCCAGCAAGCAGGGCUAAUAAUGCAGAGUUCAGCUGAACAGAAACCAGGUUUAACUACACUAGAGGCUUCAUCUUUAAGCAAGAGGCAACGGGUUCAUCGAGAAGAAAAUGGAAGCAAUCAAAGGCCAAAGGAUGGUCUGGAAAAAGACCAGAGACAGAAACCAGAACAGCAUGUUGUCUCCAUCAAGACAGAGCAGGUUCAUCCUUCGCAGUACAGGAAAACUAAUCAGGAGUCCAGUAAACUUCCACCAAUGUCAUCUGCCAGCACAAGUAAAAACAUCCAGCCUUUUGAGGAUGACGAGGCAUCAUACAUUGAGGAUUCAGAACUACUCAAAGCAGAUACUUUCCAGUCUAAGGAAGAGACAAAGACCCCUCUGAAGCCUGUUAUGAUCAAACAGAAGGCACAAGACUCAAAGAUUGAGGAAGACCUUCCUAAAAAGCUAGUUUUGGUGGAGUUCAGAUCUCUUACUGUGACUGCACCUCCCAAAACCAAACCAAUGAGGAUGCAGGACAAUGGCUAUUCAAAGAACUUCAAGUGUUUCCACAAGAGCCGAGUGCCCGGUGCCGAGGGCUUACUCCCCAUCAUUGGAGGGUCUGAUCUGCUGGUUCACAACAGGGGCAAGAACUCUAAUCUGGAUGAAUGGCUGAAAGAUGCUGCUGAGGAGGAGCAUCAGAGCCGACAGGAAGAGACAAUAGGAGAUGACCUCUUCAGGUACAACCCCACCAAACUGACCAAGAGAAGAUGAAAUGAAAUCCUGAAGUCCUCCAAUGGGAAUUCAUUUCAGAGGCCAGGAUGUAUGUUCAUAGUACUCCAAAAAUAACUUCAUAGCUGAUGUUCAUUGGAGUUAAUUGUUCAAAACUACAGCUAAAAUAAUCUGAAAUGUUUGCCAGUGUUUACUGUUCUAUCUAUAAAUGCCUUUUUAGUUUAUUAAACCACUGACAGAAAGUAAUGUAUCAGAACAGCCUUCAGACAUUGAAGAGAUUUUUCUCAAAAUUUUUAUUUGUCAAUAAUAAAAAAUAUGGCAUACAAAACAUUAAAAACUCUUCAGUCAUACAAGACGGCAUUAAAACUCUACAUGCUGAAAGCAGUUAUUCCUACGUUUAGAAGUUAAGAACAAAAGUGUUCCCUGGUUUUAGCAGAAUUAGAACGUUGAGAGGGAUUCAAGUGUUAGCACUUCUUAAAUUAUCUCUGAUGAGCCAACCCUUCAGGCACUUUUUACACAUCUGAACUGCUCAGAGUAGUUGUCAUGCCAAAACUCUUUUGGCCUUUCUGUGCACAUAGUUGAAACCCACCCAUGCCUUCGUAUUCACAGCAUGUACAAGUUGAGUUAACUCAGAAUUAAACAUGGAUUGUGCAGCAACAGAAGACUGUACCUUUCAUGAACAGCAGAAGGAGACUAGCCUCAUAACAAGUUUUUUUUUUCUUUUCUAUAAUGCAGUGGAAUUACGUUACUUAUUACAUGACCAAGUUGCUUUCUAAAAUCCAAGUAUGUGAAUGGACACAAACCUGUCAAUGCUUUAAGCAAGUAGAUUGCUCUUGGAGUUGACAGCAGUGGGCAGGUGCAUCCUGCCUGGAUGUAAAUGUCAUUUUUUUCUCAUUUCUUGAAGUAAAUAAUAAAAAAAAGAUAUUUCUCUCCAUUCUGAGUCACCCUGUGCACUCUGCUCACAGCCUUGUUCAUGCCUGCUUAUAUCAAAACGGUAUGCAGAGAUGAAUAGGGGAAAGCAUUGACAAAUAAUCUAGCAAAAUUUCAAUAUUUUAACACAAGUAACAACAUUUUCACUAGUUAACAGUUAUCUGAUUACCAAAACCUUAAGCUACUUUGUUAGUAGAAAAAAAAAUUGUGAUUAUGUAACAUUGUAUGAGGGAGCAAAGGAAGUAUUUCCCUCCACAAGGAUCAAAGUGUUAUAUCACAAUAAGCCUCGAGCUGUGCAUGAGCAGCAUACAAACAAAUUAUUCAUAUGACAGCAUACUGUUGAGAGACUUUCAAUGAAUGGAAGGAGGCAAAUAUAGCAGAAAUAGAAAACAAAUUGUUACUGUCACUGUUCAUAAUCUCUGUGGCUGUUUACUGUAAAGUUGUAUUAAAAAUUGUGGCAUUUUAUAGAUGCACAUAUGUAGAGUUGGGCAACAUGAAAAAUAGCUCUGCAUUCAGCACGACUGGGAUAUUCACUUGAACUUUGCCUAGGUGGUGUAUGUGUUAGAGAAAUGUAAUUGCUUUGUGGUAUUAAGGAAGCAGUUGUGUAUCAUGAGUCACAGUAUUUAGGAAAAACAAACACUACAGUGACAGAUGAUCAGUGAUAAAUACUGUUCUGCACAACGGCCUUAUGAAUAGUUUCAAGAUGGGCUUUAGAUGUUAGGCUUCAGAGGGAGAGAGCCAAGAUAUGAUAAAAAAUUUUGUGAUUACCAAAAUACAAAGUGGAUGCAAAGAUAUAGUUUUCUAAAAGUAUAAAAAUAAAUUGGAUGGUAUGAUUGUAA